GUCUCUUCAGCGCGCAGAAAAAGAAAAGUCUAUCGCUACUGUGUGGGGGUCGACACCAGCGUCUUGGAAGAAACUGUGUCUAUUUUUUGAUCCACGUUGUAAAACAAUAGCCUUGUCCUUGACGACAAGGUCACGAUAAGACUUUCCGGUUUCCGAGGAAGCCGCAGCCCAACAUUUUUUGCUGGCCCUAACAAAAUGCGAUUCAUCACAAAAGAAGUGGGCAGCGGGCUCGUUAUAUGAUUACGGAUUGCAGCUACAGCGGAAUGUGCCGAGGCCUCGGUUGAUGAAAGCACCGCAGGGUCCCCAAGAUCUGGUCGUGCCUGAGCUUGUUGGUUCAUGGUUCAUCUCACCCAUUUGCCAUGUGGCAUCCAACGUGUAACCGAACACCCUCCCUUUCAAGCAUGCAGCUCGCCUCAGUAUCGCACCCGUCUCUAAUCUACACUCCAGACAUUCUCAGCUGCGAGGUAGUUUGACGUCUUGACAAUCACGAAGCCUGAUAGUAUAAACAUCGAGCGCAAACUAGCAGAGAUCAAGCCAAGUCGGAACCAACACUGACCCCAGCCAUGGCCCCCCGUCAGAGAAGCAGCUGGCCGAGAUUUGGUCCAUGCGUUCUCCAUGGCACCCCGACACACCUCAGGCCUUUUCCCCACGAAUUCAGACCAACAGAUGAAUCAUUCUCCAGUCUACGAAUUACUAACCCCUUUCGCGGACUGUCCCGAUAGCCCGGCCGUGAUUUACGAGCUCCAUUGUAGGUGGAAAAUCUCUUUAAAAGUCUUGACUUGAUGGCUGGCUUGCUGUCCUCCUACAACAUGUUUUCUCCCUCAGGAGAUCUUCGCCUCCCCCCACUUCAGUCACUUCUGUCUUUCUUUAAUUCCCGAUUGACUGCCACCUCUGUCCAUUCGUUUCCUCCACCAAAAACAACAACAUGAAGUCCAUCUUCCUUGCCGCUGGCCUCUUGGCUGCCGGCACCUUGGCCCAGGACGACACCAUCCUCGGCCUGGACCCCAACUCGGCCACCUUUUCUCUGGAAUCCUUCCUCUUCGGCCCUCGGUGCAAGUGCUUCCCAGGCGACUCGUGCUGGCCCUCUACCAACGAGUGGAACAACUUCAACCAGACCGUCGGUGGAAAGCUGAUCGCCACGGUCCCACUCGCCCAGGCCUGCCAUGAUCCCAACUACGACCCCGUCAGAUGUCAACAAUUGCGUGAUGGCUGGCAGAUGCCCGACAUUCACAUGAAUGACUCGGCUUCCAUCAUGGCCCCUUUCUUUGCCAACCAGAGCUGUGACCCCUUCACUGCUCAGGGCAAGCCGUGCACACUGGGCAACUAUGUCAGAUAUGCAGUCGCUGCUGAGACUGCUCAGGACAUCAUUGCUACCGUCAACUUUGCCAGGAGAAAGAACAUCCGCUUCGUCGUCCGCAACACUGGUCAUGACUACCUUGCCCGGUCUACCGGUGCCGGUGCUCUGUCUGUCUGGACCCACAAGAUGAAGAGCAUUGAGUGGAAGAACUACAAUGACAAGUACUACAAGGGUACUGCCGUCAAGAUCGGAGCCGGUGUCCAAGGCUUUGACCUCCUCAACGAAGGCCUCAAGGUCAACCAGAUCGUUGUCGGUGGUGAAUGUCCUACUGUCGGCCCUGCUGGUGGCUAUACACAGGGUGGUGGUCACUCCGCCCUGAGCACAUCUUUCGGUCUCUCCGCCGAUAACACCCUCGAGUGGGAGGUCGUCACCGCCUCUGGCCAGCUCCUCACCGCGUCCCGUACCAGAAACUCGGACCUCUACUGGGCUCUCUCCGGUGGUGGCCCUGGCAACUACGGCGUCGUCGUCAGCGUCACCCUCAAGACCUUCCCCGACAGCUACGUCGGCGGUGCCACCGUCUCCUUCUUCGCCGCCAACAAUCCCACCGAGACCUUCUACAAGGGCAUCGACGCCUUCCACGCCGCCCUCCCCGCCAUGGUCGACGCCGGCACCAUGGUGGUCUACUACUUCACCUCCAACUUCUUCAUGAUCGCCCCUGUCACCGCCUACAACAAGACCGCCGCCCAAGUCGAGACCAUCAUGGCCCCCUUCCUCGCCAACCUCACCUCCCUCGGCGUCAACUUCAACGCGGCCUACUCCCAGUCGGUCAACUACUACGACCACUACGACCAAUACUUUGGCCCCCUCCCCAUCGGCGCCAUUCAGAUCGGCAUCGCCCAGUACGGCGGCCGCCUCAUCCCCCGCGACACCUUCACCAAGACCCCCGCCAAGCUCUCCCAGACCUCGCGCUACAUCGCCGAGAAGGGCGUCACCUUCAUCGGCGUCGGCACCGACGUCUCCUCCUUUGGCGGCAACUCGGCCAACGCCGUCCUCCCCGCCUGGAGAAAGACGCUCGUCCACGCCACUCUGACCACCGAUUGGAGCUUCGACCCUGCCAAGUGGAACGACAUGAUUGCCAACCAGAAGCUCAUGACCGAGGACAUCAUGCCCGCGAUUGAGAGCAUCACCCCCAACUCGGGCGCGUACAUGAACGAGGCCGACUUCCAGCAGCCGAGGUUCCAGAGGGAGUUCUUUGGGACUAAUUACGCGAGGUUGAUGGCCAUCAAGCUGAGGUAUGACCCCGAGGGGUUCUUUUACGCGAGGAACGCGGUGGGGAGUGAGAGGUGGAAGGUGAAUGAGCAGACGGAUGGGAGGAUGUGCAAGGCUAGUAUUUGGUGGUGAAGGGGGGGACUGAGAUGCAGGAAAAGCAGACAGAGAUGCCCUGUCAUGUAAUGUAAUCAAUAGCCAUGGUGUGGUGUGUGAUGGUAAUUUUGACCAGGUUAAUCAGUUCUCGUUGAGCAAGUGAGAUCUUGGUAUUAUUUGUCUUCAACUGUUCGGUGCCUUGUCCCUUUGAAUAUGAGAGACGAUAAAAGGUAUUUCAGACACUUUGAACACUUCGAUCAUCGUCUCAACUUCAUGACUACCUCAACUACCCUCCAUACUUUGCCCAAUCACAAUCACAACCAUCUUACAUCUAGCAAAACUUAACCCUCAAAAUACAAGAAAAACUUUUUUCAAAAUUCGGGUAUGUUCAUGUAAGCCACGCAUGCAAUGCCCAUCAAACUAAAUAGAGAAACCCUGACCGCGCCCCCCUCCUCCUAAUGCUUUCAUGACUGCCUGUGUGUGGGUAUCCCAAAAAUCCAUAAUAAACCCCCUCCAAACACACCCACCAUGCACGCAUGCC